AUGCUUUGGAUUGAAAAAUACAAGCCGAAAUCAUUUUCAGAAAUUACAACGCACAAAGAAGUAGUCUCAAUGCUUGAUAAAUACACACUAGAGACUAUUCCAAAUAUGAUUUUCCAUGGACAGAUUGGCCAUAAUAAGAGAACUAUUUUGUACGCGCUAAUAUCUCAUCUCUACGGUUCAUACCCAUCUCCUACUACCAAAAACAUUGAAGUAGAGGCUGGUUCGUUAAAAGUGAUGGUGGAUUACCUUGAAUGCAAUGAAAUGGUAGAAUUUUGUCCAUCAGAAUAUGGCUACAAGGAUAGAUAUGUGGUCCAAAGUAUUAUAAAGGAAAUAGCACGAUGCAGGCCUAUUCUUGGCCUUUUUGGAGCCAAGAGAAGAUCUGUGAAGAUUUUAGUGAUUGAUCAAGCAGAAGAUUUAAGCAAAGAUGCACAAGCAGCACUCCGAAGAACAAUGGAGAUGUAUAGUGGGCACUUCAAGAUAAUUAUGGUCUGCACAGAAACCUCAAAGCUUAUUGAGCCCAUCAGGAGUAGGUGUAUGAUGGUAAGAAUUCGAGGUUUUAGAAAUGAUGAGAUGUUUAGAAUUUGUUCAAAUAUUGCGAAGAUCGAGGGAUUUGGAGUUGAUAAAGAUGCAAUCGAUUCUAUUUGCAAAAACUCAAAGGGUAAUGGAAAGAGAGCCCUGUGUCUUUUUGAGUUAUACUGCUUUAACCAUCUAUUGGAUGACAAGAAGAGGCAGAAGACUGAUUAUUCCCAAAUAAGAUUGGAAUGGGAGCUAAAGACAGCUUCUAUAGUUGAUAAGAUCAAAAGGAGUCCUAGGCCCGAAACAAUGAUUGAGAUUAGGAAGGAUUUAUAUUCUCUUCUUAAUUCCUUAAUACCACCCAGUAUCAUACUGGCCCAGAUGCUAAAAGAACUGAGUAUGAAGUGCUCAUUAGAAGUUUGUAAAUCCUUGUCCAUAUUUGCAUUGGGAUACGAAGAGAGAAUAAGGCUGGGAACAAAGCCGUUGUAUCACUUGGAGGCCUUUGCAGCAUCUGCAAUGCUUGUUCUAUCUCAAAGAAAGUAA